CUGGUGCACGCGCUACCAAAGCUUGGUUCAGUGGAGUUCUCGCUCUGACGAUUUGAUACCGCGACGGCUCCGAAAUGGAGAGCGACUGCCAGUUCCUGCUGGCGCCGCCGCCGCCCAUGCACGCCGCGGCGGGGGACGACGGCCACUUCCUUCAGCAGCAGCAGCUGAGCGGCGGCGGCGGCGGCGAGAGGAAGCGGCGGUUCACGGAGGAGCAGGUGCGGUCACUGGAGAGCACGUUCCACACGCGGCGCGCCAAGCUGGAGCCCCGGGAGAAGGCGGAGCUGGCGCGUGAGCUGGGGCUGCAGCCGCGCCAGGUGGCCAUCUGGUUCCAGAACAAGCGCGCCCGGUGGCGCUCCAAGCAGCUGGAGCAGGACUUCGCGGAGCUGCGCGGCCAUUACGACGCCCUCCGCGCCCGCGUCGAGUCGCUCAAGCAGGAAAAGCUCACUCUCGCCGCGCAGCUGGAAGAGCUGAAGAAGAAGCUGAACGAGCGGCAGGACCAGAGCGCAAGCUGCGACGCCGCCGCCGAGGUGGACGACAAGAGCAACAACGUUAGCAGCUGCAUCGUGGCGAAGGAUGAGAGCGCGGCGCCGGCGGCAGACGUCUCGGACGGCUCAACUCCGGGCUGGUACGAGUAUGACAACCACCUGGCGUAUGGGGUUGACCUGCAGGAGCCGUUCUGCGCCACUCCGGAGCUGUGGGAGACGUCAUGGCCGCUGGUGGAGUGGAACGCAGUGGCAUGAACCAACGCUGCAUAUGCAUACAUCUGUGUACGUCGAUGUUGUUGCUGGCUGGUCUAGCUGGUUGAUCCGGACUAUGUAGAUCAGGUCGAUCGGGCCGUCAGGUAGAAUCGUAGAACAGAUAGGUAGGGAUCCCACGUGCAAGCAGCCAUGAAAUCUACAUGCGAGAAAUCUUCCCGCCGGCCGGCCGGCCGGCGAUCUGCUCCGUCGACUCUGGGAUUCAUGUCCGUGAAAAAUGGCUUAAGAAUCACGCGCAGCGUGUCUGGCGACUGUAACUC